CGGCGGCAGACGCGUGACUCCCGGCAAGCGCUAUGGAGUGGGGAGGGGCGCUCUUCGCGCUGCCCUUCUGGCUCCUCCUCCACCUCCACCCUCUGCUGGGGUUGGUGGGCUCGAGCGUCCCUUGGGAUCUGAGCUCCUGGCACUGCAGCUUCUCGGGCUCUUGCGAGUGCGACUUCCGGCCCGACCUGGCAGGUCUAGAAUGCGACUUGGCCCUGAACCUGGUCGGGCAGCACUUGGCAAGGCAGCUUCUCAUGAAAGGCCUGAGGGGGUUUGUGCACAACCACAGUCCUGAGAAGCCUCUGGUGAUGUCCUUCCACGGCUCAACAGGCACAGGGAAAACCUUCGUUGGAUCUCUGCUGGUCAGCUACCUCUUUUGCGCUGGGUUUCACAGCCCAUACGUCCACCACUUCUCCCCAGUAGUUCACUUCCCCCAUGCAGAACACGUCGAGCAGUACAAGAACGAUCUGAAGAACUGGAUCCAGGGGAAUCUGACACGCUGUGGUCGAUCACUGUUUCUCUUUGACGAUAUGGACAAGAUGCACCCAGGCUUGGUCGAUGUGAUCAUCCCAUUCUUGGGACCUUCCUGGGUUGUGUUUGGAACAAACUACAGGAAAGCCAUCUUCAUUUUUAUUAGCAAUGCUGGUGGGGAGCAGAUAAACCAAAUGACCUUGGACCUCUGGCGGGCCCAUAAAGACCGUGAGGAGAUCAGCCUCAAGGAUCUGGAAGCAUCAGUUUUGAAAGCUGCUUUUGAAAACCCCCAAAAUGGAUUUUGGAAGUCUGGGAUAAUCGAUCAGCACCUUAUUGACUUCCUCGUGCCUUUCUUGCCUUUGAAGCAGCACCAUGUGAAACUGUGUGUGGCCAAUGAGCUCACCAGCCUAGACCUAGAGCCACAGCCAGAUGUCAUCCAGGCAGUUGCUGACAGCAUCCCUUACUUUCCAGCAGAGGAGAAAGUGUUCUCAGCCACAGGCUGCAAAACAGUGGCUUCACGUGUCUCUUUCUUCCUUUGAUCGCUCCAGAUUCUGGUCACUUGCCUGCAAAGACUUUGCUGGAAACAAUUUUGGGGUUUUAAAAGCUCAGCGCAAAGACUGCCUCACCAUUUAUCCUGAUUGGCUUUAGGAUCAAGGAAGAGACUUUCCAGAGCAUAGGCUCAAACAGCAAUGCUGACUUGACCAGGAAACCAAAGAGCACUUUAUACUUUGCCCUGAACUUUGUGCUGUAGACUCUUGAGAACAAAGGAAUAGAGUCUGUGAUUUAUUGGGAGGGAAUCAUAACACUAUCUUAUAUAGACUUUUAGAUUCCCUAAUACAGCACAAUUUGAUCAGUUUUCUUUGGAAUCUAAAAAUCUUACCUCUUGUACCAUUUUAAGACACACUGUGAUUGUAUCAAUGUGCCAGAAGCCGCAGUCCUACUAGAAGCAUCUUUAAAUAUACAGUAUAGGCUAAAAUGCUGUAGAAAGAUCCAUCUCAUCUGAACUGAUCCAUACAGGAUUGAUUUGCUUCAUUGUGAUUACGUGCAGACUAUGGCAAUAUAAGUGACACCAGGCACUGUUGGCAAUGGGGCUGUGGGGAGAGAUGUUCUUCCAGUGCCUCCUUUUGUACACAAGAACAAACUGGAUUUCCCCUCAAAAGUGCCUGAGAAGCCCACAGGUAAAUAAAACAGCUGAAGUAUU